UCUCUUCUCUCUCAUGUGGGUGCGAGAGGAUGACUGCUUUUAAAAAGGGAACGGCGGGUUUAAGAGCCAAAGACUAACAAGUAAUAACUCAACUGUGCGUGAAAUCUCUCAACGAACAGCAGAGUUAUUGUUAGAGAAAACCCCAACUCUAAACCAGAAGAACACAGAAACCUUUCUCCUUGCUUUCUCUCUCUACUUUUCCAUUCUCUUUUCACAACCCAAGAAUCCCCCCCUCCUCUCUCUCUCUCUAUUUCCUUCCUCUCAGAUCUCAGCCCUCCAAAAAACCCAAUUAACGGCCUCGCACUGCAAAAGAUUCCGGCUAAAAAAAACCCAACUCUCUCUCAUCUUCACCAGCAACAUUGAAGGGUCUGUUGGUUAGAGAGAGAAAGAUGUUGCCUCAAAAGCAAGCAGAGGAGGCCAUAGUGGCGACCUACAACGAAACAGAAGUCGAUGGGAAAGAGGAACAGAGAGAAGACAACUCGAAAUUCAGCAUGAAGAAUAUCUUAUGGCAUGGCGGCUCUGUCUAUGAUGCCUGGUUCAGUUGUGCAUCAAACCAGGUGGCCCAGGUUUUGCUGACGCUUCCAUACUCAUUCUCGCAAUUGGGGAUGCUUUCUGGGAUCCUAUUUCAAUUAUUUUACGGCUUCAUGGGGAGCUGGACUGCGUACCUAAUCAGCGUCCUCUAUAUCGAAUACCGGAGCAGGAAGGAAAAGGAAAACUAUAAUUUCAAGAACCAUGUCAUUCAGUGGUUCGAAGUUUUGGAUGGGUUAUUGGGUCAUCGGUGGAAAGCCAUUGGCCUCGCCUUCAACUGCACUUUUCUGCUCUUCGGUUCCGUUAUCCAACUCAUCGCCUGCGCAAGCAACAUAUACUACAUCAACGACCGGUUGGACAAGAGGACCUGGACUUACAUAUUUGGAGCCUGCUGCGCGACCACAGUCUUUAUCCCCUCUUUCCACAACUACCGAAUUUGGUCCUUUCUCGGUCUAGGAAUGACCACCUACACAGCAUGGUACUUGACAAUUGCAGGCCUCAUUCAUGGUCAGGUGGAAGGUGUGAAGCACUCGGCGCCCUCUAAGCUGGUGCUCUAUUUUACAGGCGCCACCAACAUUCUCUACACUUUCGGUGGUCACGCUGUAACAGUGGAAAUUAUGCAUGCUAUGUGGAAGCCACAAAAAUUCAAAUCCAUAUACUUGUUGGCGACACUUUAUGUCUUCACCUUGACACUUCCAUCUGCUGCUGCUAUGUAUUGGGCCUUUGGUGACUUGCUACUCAACCACUCAAAUGCUUUCUCUCUUCUCCCCAAGACUCGCUUCCGUGACAGCGCAGUCAUCCUCAUGCUCAUACAUCAAUUCAUUACAUUCGGUUUUGCUUGCACUCCUCUCUACUUUGUGUGGGAGAAGGUGAUUGGAAUGCAUGAUACAAAGAGCAUUUGCCUGAGGGCAUUGGCUAGGUUACCUGUUGUGAUCCCCAUCUGGUUUUUGGCCAUUAUUUUCCCCUUCUUUGGCCCUAUCAAUUCAGCCGUUGGUGCCUUGCUCGUUAGCUUCACUGUCUACAUCAUCCCUUCCUUGGCCCAUAUGCUCACCUACCGAAAGGCCUCCGCACGACAGAAUGCUGUAGAGAAGCCUCCAUUCUUCUUGCCUAGCUGGACGGGAAUGUACAUUGUGAAUACAUUUGUGGUGGUGUGGGUUUUCCUUGUGGGCUUUGGUUUUGGGGGUUGGGCCUCAAUGACCAAUUUCAUCCGGCAGGUCGACACAUUCGGCCUCUUUGCUAAGUGCUACCAAUGCCCCCGUCGAACCUCCCCUCCUCUCCCCCACCAUUAGCACUCUCUCUCCCUUUCUCUCUCUCUCUCUCUCCCCACAAUCAUUUCCUCUCUCCUCCAUACUCAUUCCCUCUCUACCCCACCACUACCCUCCUCUCUCUCUCUCUCUCCAUGCUUUCUCUCUCUACUCCACCACCGGCUCCCUACCUUCUCUCUCUACUUAUACAAAUCUUAUCUCUACUCCGACUUUUUCUCACACUUUUCUCUCUCUUCUUUUCCCUUGCUUUCCUUCUACACAAUCUCUCUCUAGGUUUAACCUCCGUAGCCUUCCUACCCCUUUACACCUCUCUCCUCGACCUAUUUGUUUUCCCUCUUUCUCUCUCUAGGCAUAAGCCAGUCAUCCCCUCUCUCCAUCUUUCCUUCCUCUCUAGAAAGAAACCAACAAUCACAUUCCUCUCUACACAUCUUCUCUCUCUAGAAACCCCUCCCAACUCUCUCUCUCUCUAGAUUGUAACAUAAACAGUGGUAGCAUUCCUAUUUUGUUCCUAGGGUUUGUGAUGCUUGAAUGAUUCUCUUGCAGGGAGCUUAAAAAAAAAAAAAAGUUAAAAUUAGGGGGCUCCUUCCCUCUCUCUCUCUCUAAAUUUGUGGGGCUUUCUUCUCUCUCUAAAUUUUAUAUCGUUGUGUGCUUAGUUAAGGGGGUUCAUAAUUAUUACUAAGCCCAUUUACAAUUUGUCUUGAAGAAAACGCUGACCACGUGUCAUGAAUCUGGCUUGGCACGUGGAUUAAAGUUUGGCUUUUUGACUUGGUGUGGGCCCGUUAUAAUGCACAUGGUGUCGCAUGUGAGGCCCAUGUUUUUGUAAGAAAGGCUUGUUCUUCUGUUUUUAUUAAUCUAAUUAAAUUCAGAAUUUCAGGUUU